AUGCCAGCCGCGGACGCAGCGCCGGGCACGGCUCGUGCAGCCGCGGCCUCUGGCGGCGCGCCUCCCGGGGUGCGCUCCGUCAGCGUGCUCUGGUCGUUCGGGAAAUGCCUGGGCGCGCUGCUGCCCGUCUACCUGGCUGGAUAUUACGGCUUCAGCAUCAGCGUCGUGCUGCUCGGGCUCAUGAUCUACAUGGGAUGGAAGCACAGCCGCCUGGAAAAAGUGAUGAGGCUCAAGUCUGCCAUGUACCUCCUGGAGAACGAGAUGGAAUUCACCACCGAGAAGGUUUUCAGAGCCAAGAGAGAUCUGCCUCCUUGGGUCAACUUCCCAGAUGUGGAAAAAGUGGAGUGGCUGAAUAAGAUCUUGCAGCAGGCCUGGCCCUUUAUAGGCCAGUAUCUGGAGAAGCUGCUGGUGGAAACCAUCGCUCCGGCCAUCCGCGCCUCCAGCAUUCAUUUACAGACUCUCAGCUUCACCAAGGUCAACAUCGGAGACAAGGCCGUGAAGGUGGUCGGCGUGAAGGCUCACACGGAGCACGAUAAAAGACAAGUCAUGUUGGACUUGUACCUCAGCUACGCCGGUGAUGUUGAGAUCAAUGUCGAAAUCAAAAAGUACUUCUGUAAAGCUGGAGUGAAAGGAAUCCAGCUCCAUGGAAAGCUGCGUGUGAUUCUUGAGCCUCUGAUCGGAGACGUGCCUCUGAUAGGAGCCAUCACCAUGUUCUUCAUCCGCAGGCCUAAACUGGACAUCAACUGGACUGGACUCACCAACCUGCUGGAUAUCCCCGGACUGAAUGCCAUGUCGGACACUAUGAUAAUGGAUGCAAUAGCCUCCCACCUGGUGCUCCCCAACCGCCUCACUGUUCCCCUGGUGGCCGACCUGCACGUAGCGCAGCUCCGCUCCCCUCUCCCAAGGGGUGUCGUGCGUAUCCACCUGCUGGAGGCCGAGGACCUGACCGCCAAGGAUACUGUCAUCAAGGGCCUAAUUGAUGGGAAGUCCGACCCGUACGCGGUGCUGCGCGUGGGAACCCAGAUCUUCACCUCUCAUCACGUGGACAGUAACCUGAACCCACAGUGGAGGGAGAUGUAUGAGGUGAUUGUCCAUGAAGUACCUGGUCAGGAGUUGGAAGUGGAAGUAUUUGACAAAGACCCCGACCAGGAUGACUUCCUGGGGAGGGUCAAAGUGGAUCUUGAUAUUGUGAAAAAGGCCAGAAUCGUGGACGAUUGGUUCAAUCUGAGGGACGUCCCAUCUGGCAGCGUCCACCUCCGGCUGGAGUGGCUCUCUCUGCUGUCCUCUGCUGACAGACUGAGUGAGGUGAUUCAGAAGAACCAGAAUCUGACCAGUAAGACGGCUGAUCCUCCAUCUGCAGCCAUCCUGGCCAUCUACCUUGAUCAAGCUUUUGACCUGCCUAUGAGGAAAGGUAACAAGGACCCGAGCCCACUGGUGCAGAUUUCCAUUCAAGAUACGACUAAAGAGAGCAAGACUUGCUACGGGACCAACAGCCCAGUGUGGGAGGAUGCUUUCACCUUUUUCAUUCAAGAUCCACGCAAACAAGAUAUCGACAUUCAAGUGAAGGAUGACGACCGGGCUUCAUCUCUGGGCAGCCUGUCGAUCCCGCUCACCCGCCUGAUGGCCACCGCUCAGCUCACCAUGGAUCAGUGGUUCCAGCUGGAGAACUCGGGUUUGGGCAGCCGCAUCUACAUCAAAAUCGUACUGAGGGUGUUGUGGCUGAGUGAGGACGCCACCCCGACCACCCCCUCCCCCCGUCCGUUAGACCCCGGGUCCGGUGGGGGUCCGGGAGGGAUCACGGCCGAGCUCAACCCUUUGGGGCCCGGUGGGCUGAGUAAACCUCUCCCAUCGCGGCCGCAGCACACCACCCCCGACCCGGAGUUUGGUACCGAGGGAGUGUUACGCAUCCAUCUGGUGGAGGCCCAGAACCUCAUCGCUAAAGAUAACUUCAUGGGGGGCAUGGUGAAGGGGAAGAGCGACCCCUAUGUGAAGAUGCGUGUCGCUGGGAUGACUUUCCGGAGUCACACCAUCAAAGAAAACCUCAAUCCGGUCUGGAACGAGCUGUACGAGGUGAUUUUGACUCAGCUUCCAGGACAAGAGAUCCAGUUUGAGUUAUUUGAUAAAGACAUUGAUCAGGAUGACUUCCUUGGGAGGUUCAAGCUUAACCUGAGAGACAUCAUCAGUGCACAGUUCAUUGAUACGUGGUACACUCUGAAUGAUGUGAAGUCUGGUCGGGUUCACCUGGUGAUGGAGUGGCUGGCCAGAGUCUCUGAACUCCCCAGACUGGAGCAGAUCCUCAUGUACCAAUCCCAGCAGUCUUACCAGAACAAGGUCGUCCCGUCCACGGCGGUGCUGUUUGUGUACAUGGAGCGGGCACACGGACUGCCGUUGAAGAAGAAUGGAAAGGAGCCCAAAGCCGGUGCAGAAAUCAUCCUCAAAGGUGUUUCACACAAAACAAAGAUUUGUGAGCGUUCCACAUCUCCACGAUGGGAUGAAGCUUUCCAUUUCUUGGUUCGUGACCCCAGAGAUGAGACAUUAACGGUCAAGCUCUCCCACAGCUGGGGCCAGUCUCUCGGGACCUUGACCCUUCCUCUGAGGGAGGUGCUGCUUGAACCGGGCUUGGUUGUGGACCGCUGGCUGGGGCUGGAUGGCGCUCUGCCAGAGAGCCAGAUACUGCUGAGGGCCAACCUCAAGAUCUUGGACACUCAGCUGGCGUUGUGUCGUCGGGAUGCAGGGGACGCCAACGGAGAUGAAGUCAUUCCCAGAUGGGACCCUUCCCAUCUCGACCUCAGACACAGAAACGCAUUCACCAUCAUUGGUGAAAACCAAAGCUCAGUUGGCCAGGUGAAGCUCUCCAUCGGCUACUCCGCUGAAGAAAGCAGGCUCUACAUCACUGUUCACUCCUGCAGAGCUCUGGCGGCUUGCUCCAAAGACGGUGCGGAUCCUUACGUGACCUUCAUCCUGCUGCCUGAUAAGAAGGCUUCCACCAAGCGGAGGACGGCCACCAAGAAGAGAGACCUCAACCCCGAAUUCAACGAGAGGUUUGACUUUGACUUUACUCUGGAGGAGUCCACACAGAGAAGACUGGAUCUGUCUGUGAAGAACAGUGUCUCCUUUAUGAGCAGAGAGAGGGACCUCAUUGGGAAGCUGCAGCUGGACCUGGACCAAGUCGACAUCAAGGCUGGUGUCACACAAUGGUUCGAUUUGGUAGCAGAGACCAACUAGAAGAUCGGACGCCCGACCUUCGGUACUAUAUAACGUAGACGUUGCUUCUGUGAGCUGUGAUUUUCGUGUUUGUGUAUUCAGCUUAAAUGGAAAGUUUUACCAUCACCGCAGAAAAAAAAGUGACCUAUCUGCCGCACAAAAAGUCAUCAGUAUUUAUGACCAGAACUUUACACGUAGCUUUUCAUUCGUGACGUGUUCUUUGUGCUGGAUUCACUCUGUCCCGGACAGACAUUUUGGCUGAGUAGAUAUUUGAUAUUAACGCAACUAUGUUGCACGACAAACCAAGGUUAUAUGUGUUUCGUAGCAUGGAAAAGUCCUCUUUGAAUUUUAUUUUGAAAAAAGGGCUUAUGCUGUGGUCUGAAAGAGAUUAAUUUUAGUUUUAUUUUUUACAGUCUCCAAACAAAUCCCAAUAUUGCUUUGUUUAUAUACAUUUAUAUUAUUGCCUUAAGUAUUACGAAACUGUGCACAGUUAUCAGUGUUUAUGAAAUGUGUUCCAGAUGAAGUUUUAUAUGUUUUAACCAGAGCUCUCUGAAUGUUACUUUUAUAAACCAGAGUAUUACAAACCUUACACCCGCACAUUGCCACUUGAAUACAGAGGUAUGGAACUGUAAGCAGAGUCUAAAUCACUGUGCUUUUAUGAAGAGAAAACUUUGUAAAUGUUGAAAAAAAAAAAAAGAAAAAACAAAAAGCCCUGACCCGCUGGUGUUUUGACACCCAAAGCUUCACUGUGCUUUUACGUGUUUGUGGCGCUAAAUGCAAAAGGCUGAUGCGGUCAGCCAUGUUUGAUUUUUUUUUGCAAGGAAAAGCUGUUACAAGAUGCAGUACUGUGCAAAGGUUGUAGAAAUUAUGAGUAGUGCUUUAAAAUACAAUGUGUUCUGAAACAUCAAUGUUUAAAUUUCAAUAUAGUUCUUCAGAAAACAAUUGAGCAUUUCUUGUAACCACCUUUUUCUUUUUUGGAAAAAAAACUGAUUGAAUUCUUCUAAGUACACUUCGAUUUUUUGAAAAAACACCACAGAGGUGGUGUGGAUGUGUGGAUGUAGACCGUCUCCUUAUGUAUUCCCAGGGCUCUGUGGGGUCUCGGCACUCACUGCUCGUCUUUACACUUAACAUCUUGCUUACUGAAAAUGAUCACACAUACAACUUCAAGAUAAUUGAAUAUCACAUCGGGGUGUAGUGGUUACAACUUUCUCCUCAAACUGAGAAUAUUUCUGGUCUGAGGUUCUUUUUGAAUCUGUGUUUGCCGGUUCUCUGACAACUCCUGUUUCCUCCCACAGUUCAAAACUUUAGAAAUUAAUCAGUGACUUUCAGUUUGUGGUUUACAUUUCUGUUCAUUAUGAUCAACUCCAACUACCCAGAAUUGGAUAAAUCAGUGUACAAAGCAUGAGUGUAGGAUACCCUCGUUGAUGGUAUUGCAUGGUAGAUAAAAAGCAUUUUUUUUUUUUUACACUUGCUUCAAAUGUUUUGCACAGUACUGUAUAUGAGUAGUGGGAGAGAAUCAUUUUACCACUAUGAUCUAC